UAUAUUCAAUUUGUCCAAAAAACUAUUUCCUUCAUCCGGGUUACCGUGUAUAAUUAGUUUUGAGCGGUUGUUAUCAGAAAAUAACGAACAUGCAAAUGACUGGCCAAUCAGAAUCAAACAUUCCAACAAGCCUUGUAAUAAUGUGAAUUAACAUGAAUAUGAGAUACAUUUUUAUAUUAUAACUAAAUCACAGGACAUUAACUUCAGACCAGUGUGUGCGACCAAUAAAACUGUCUAUACUGAUGUUCUUAUGUGUCAGGGGGUAUAAGCUCUUUAAUUCAAACUUUGUUUGCUAGUUUGAUAGAUAUGCGAGACUGCAUAUCUUGAAACUGUGAAUUCCUGAUGUUUAAAACUAAUCACACAGUCGGGCUAAAAUAUUUAUUUUUGGCAAAUUAUAGUAGGGAAAAUAUUUUCCGGCCCUAAUCACCGGUCUUGUUUGCAAAAGAUGAUCGAUGUGUAAAUCAUUUGUUUGCAAUGUUUAUUGAGGUACAGCAGCAUUGGCAGAAGUGACUGGAUGGUAAUGCAAUGAAUGGCAGAGAACAGAUGAUAACAGUCUUAAACAGCAGUUAUGAUAAACAGUGUUCUUAAAGGGACAGUUUACCCAAACUUAAAAAUCCUGUCUGGAUUUACUCACCCCCUAAAUUGUUCCAAAUCUGUAUAAAUGUCUGUCCUGUUAAGAUGGUAAGAACAGGAACACAAACACACAUAAAGGAAGAAAUGAGAAAAAACCAGGGAAACCAGGGGACAUGAGCAGUUUGUGGAUAAAGGCAAGCAAUUUAUGAGGUAAGCAAAUCCUACCCAAAUGAGACUGUAAAACUCCCCUCCCAUCCGCUGAAAAAGGAAGAAUACCCGCAAAGCCUAUGAUAUUUAACUGCUUUAGAGACAGACAUGUUCCAAUAGACAUUCUGGUUCACCAUUGUUUUAUAGUUCUGUCAAGUUAUUUGAUGAAUUUAUUAGGCAGUGAAUUCUGGAGAAGUUUAGGGCUCUCCAGGUUGUGUGGGGACUGCAUGUCAGGAGAUGACGGAGAAAGUUUCAGAAUUCAUCAAGAAAUUGAAAGGCAGCUUAAACUGGACAAGACAAAUGCCUCCAGGCAGAUAAAACUCUUACUUUUAGGCACAGGUGAAAGUGGCAAGAGCACCUUCAUCAAACAGAUGAGAAUCAUACAUGGCAAAGGCUACACAGAGGAGGACAAAAUGGCAUAUACCAAUCUGGUGUUCCAGAAUGUCUUUGUUGCCAUUCAGACCCUGAUCCAAUCCAUGGAGAACCUGAACAUCCCUUUUGAGAACACCAACAAUUCGAUGUAUGCUGCAAUGCUUACAGCAGUGACAGCAGGUACAGUACACUCAAUUAGUUCUGAAUAUGCUGAAGCCAUCAAGAAUGUUUGGAGAGACGGUGGCCUGCAGAAAUGCUAUGAACGCCGGAGAGAGUUCCAACUUUCAGACUCUGCCAAAUAUCUGCAGGAUAUUCUGCGAGUCCGAGUUCCGACUACAGGCAUCAUUGAGUACAUCUUUGACCUCCAGACGGUCAUUUUCAGAAUGGUUGAUGUCGGAGGUCAAAAGUCAGAGAGACGCAAGUGGAUCCAUUGUUUUGAAAAUGUUACUUCCAUGAUCUUUCUGGUGGCUCUAAGCGAGUACGAUCAGGUCUUAUAUGAGUGCGAAAAUGAGAACCGUAUGGAAGAAAGUAAAGCACUAUUUAAGACCAUCAUCUCCUACCAAUGGUUCCAGAAGUCCUCGAUCAUUCUUUUUCUCAAUAAGACAGACAUCCUGAAGGAGAAGAUCUCAACUUCACACCUUGAAGACUAUUUUCCAGAAUAUACAGGCCCUAAAAAUGACGCAGAUGCUGCAAUGAAGUUCAUUUUGUCCCUGUAUGAGCAACAGAACUCGGAUAUAGAAAAACCCAUCUAUGCACAUUUUACUUGUGCAACUGACACAGAGAACAUCCAGCGUGUUUUCAAGUCAGUGAAGCACUCCAUUCUACAACUCAAUCUUAAGGAGUUCUACAUAAAUUAGGAAACAAAGACGCUUUUGGGCAAUUCCAGCGUUAUGGACGUUACAUAAAAAUGAUAAGAGAAUGAAUUUAUUACGAAUACAUUGAACCAUCUGUUUAUAUUUUACUGAACCGUUGUUGAUAGAGUCUUAACAUCAAAAAAUGUCAGUCUAUGAAUAAUAUAUUAAAAAAAGGGAAAUAAACAUGAUUUAUGGAUCGGACAAAAAAAGGAUGUGGUUUUUGGGAGAAGAUAAACUAUGUAGGAUUUCUGUUAAAUAAAAUGCACAAUCCUGAAGCAAUAACACCCAAUGAAUGGUGAAGGGCUGCCACUUUAUAGAACAUAAAAAAGUUACUGUAUUUCAAUUUUCAUGUGUCUAUUUAUGAGGAAUAUGUAGCGUUGUGGAUGUGACAAUCCUGAAAAUUGCACUGACCUGACUGUGAAAAAUCAUGCACCAAAAAUAAAACAAAUGCUUUGCAAACUUGAAGAGAGAUCUCACAUGGGUAUUUGACCCACAAAAUCUUAAAAUCUGUGCUGUUACAAUAGUAAAAAGCCUUGGUAAAAACUAAAGAUUUUCUUGGUAAGGUUUACAUUUUCACGGAAUUGCCCGGCCUUCUUAUUUUUCAUUUCUGAUUUGAAAAAACUGUUACAUUUGCUGAGCCACUCCCGAACCAUCAAUGUUUUUGAUUGAUUAUCAUGGCUAAAGUGCAUUCUGUGAAUUUAGCAUAUAAGACUACACAUUUUUUUUUUAUUAUUACUUAUUUAUUUUAUUUAUCUAAUGUAACACAAGGAAACACAUGAUACCCAAAUACGGUUCUCUCAAGAAUAAAGGCUUUUAUUUAGGAACAAACUGAUUUUGCAGAUUGUUGCUAUAAAAUACAUUUUUUAACAAGUUUUACUAAGAAUAUUGUAUUUUUGUAAAUUAGGAAACAGUAGUCCUUUAAAGAACCCCACACAUUAUGUAAACGAUAAUGAUCUGAACAUGUAUGUUUUUGCUAUUAUACAAAAUCACAAAAUAUAAAUUUCCUUAAGAACAUAAAACUAAUUUAAGAAUGUCAUGUAUUGAAAGAGUUCUUUGCUGUAUGUGAGGUUAUAAGGGUUUUUGUCUUUCAUUUUGGUAUCUCGUUUCACUUCCUGUUGUAGGUCUUUCACUCUGGCCCCUCCCUUAUUGUCUCCAGGUGUGUCUGAUUACUGUGUGUAUAAACACCCCAGUGUUUUCCAUUGUUGAUUGUCUGUUACUGAAUGAGCUACAUGCUGUUUUAAAUUAUUCUCAUGGUUAGAUUCUUAUUAAUUGCUUACAAUUAUAUAUUCUAUCUUUGGAUUUAUAAAAUUUACUCACAUCUAGAUCCAGAGGCGUCAUGCCUGUUCAAACAGAUUUUUGAACAUUCAGUUUUGUAGUAGUGGCGAGAUGUAGCCGCAUGAAGCAUUGAAGCUUUUGUUCCAAGUGGUUCACAAAAGGGUUCAUUUCUCGAGGCUUCAUUUGCUCACAAUCCCACGUGGUGGCCAAAGAGUGUAGAACAAGCAGUUAUAUUACAUAUGUGCCUGAUGUGUUACCUGAUACACUUUAUUUUAUAAUAACGGUGAAGACAA